CUUUCUGACGACAGCGCGGGGUUUCCCUCACGUGAUACAUCUUAUUCAUAUUCCUGUUCUAUCACUGGUGGAUGAUUGCAUAUCACUUUCUUCUCAAUGACAGACUUUCAAAGUUUAUCGUUAGAUUCAAGGAAAAGUCCAUCAAAGACUAAACAGUCAUCUCACUUUUCAUCACCCAAUCCUACUUGCAACUCUUCUAACGAACAUUCUAAUUUGAUGGAAAAUGACAAUAUGAUAACUAUGGGAAAGUGCAUGUGCUGUAAUAGUGACCUCAAAUACCCUACUGUCGUAUCACGAUUUCGAUGCCCUGCUUGCGAUACCAUCAAUGACCUUAAACCUCAUAUCCGAGAUCAAAUAGGAAAUCAACCACUUACACUUAGAUCUUUAAAAAAGGCAGUCAACGAGUGUAAGCAAAGGGAAAAGACGAAAAAGAUGAAAAAAAUUAAUUUGGGUGAUAAAGAGCGAGAAGAGAUCUAUGAGCCAAUUGAAAAACUGCUUGAGACAGUAUUUAGUAGCUGGGUCAGCUUGAAUCAUAGCUUCUUGACUGAAGAAGAAACAACGCUAGAGACAAGCGGGAUUGAUAUGAAUGAAGUGCGAGAUGCAUAUAGAAUCAUCUUGAGUCUGCCUGUUAAUGUUAUACGAGGCAUGAUGUCUGCAACCGAUCGCUUAUUGAAACGACCAGCUGUUCCACUAAGAAGAAUGAAUGAUAUCCGAUUUUUAUUAAUCAUACUCGAGAAUCCAUUGUUAGCGCAACACAAUUUCCCUGCAGAGACAAAAUAUCAUCAUAACCUAUUAAAGCGCAUAUUUGGUAUUCUCAGCUGCCUUAAUCAUGAAUGUCACCAUGCAUUAAUAAAAUGGUUUACAAGAUACCCCGUCAAAGAGUUUAAUGCCAAGAUCGAGUUGAUACAUGCAUUCUUAAGUCAUCGGAUAUCUCGAGCAAGAAAGAGCCAUAUGGCAUUACCUACAUCAUAUGAGUCUGAUUGGAAAAUGGCUAGCGCGGCUCGAGUCAUGGCACUCUUGUUUACAGCAAACAAUCAAACAAAUAAGGUGCCCAUAUGCAGUUUCUAUAAUACUAUGGUAGACUAUAUCAAUCUUAUGGGGGACUUUGAACUAUGGCAAUCCGUUACUAGAAAAUUUGCGUUUUGUCAAUACCCGUUUCUGAUUAGCAUGGGAUCGAAGAUGAAAAUUGUAGAGUUUGACGCAAAACAGCAAAUGGAGACGAAAUGGAGAGAAGCAUUCUUUAACAUGUUGUUCUAUCAAAAGUUAUCUAUGCCGUAUCUAAUCCUGAGAGUUUCCAGAGACAAUCUAAUUGAGGAUUCUCUAAGACAAUUGGCACAAAACGAACUCGAUUUAAAAAAAUCACUUCGCAUUGAGUUUAUCGGUGAAGAAGGAGUGGACGCUGGAGGUCUAAGAAAAGAAUGGUUCCUAUUACUUGUUCGAUCCCUAUUUGAUCCACAAUAUGGUAUGUUUACUUAUGAUGAAGAUUCAAACCUCUGCUGGUUCAACCCGACAAGUUUUGAAAACGAAGACCAAUUUUUUCUAGUUGGCGUUGUCUUGGGAUUAGCCAUUUAUAAUUCGACUAUUCUAGACGUACAUCUGCCUACUGCUUGCUACAAAAAGUUACUAAGCAUGCCUGUCGGAUUGGCCGAUCUGGGUGAGUUUCGUCCUGCGCUCAAGAAAGGAUUUGAUCAGCUACUAGAGUUUGAAGGAGAUGUUGAAAAUGUGUUUUGUUGCUCUUUUGUGGCAGAAAUUGACAAGUACGGUCAGAGAAUAUGUAUACCCCUGAUAUCAAAUGGCGAAAAUAUCAUGGUCACAAAAGAGAACAGACAGCAGUUUGUAUCAUUAUAUACUGAAUUUGUGCUAAACACAAGCGUCGAACGACAGUUUGGAGCGUUCAAACGUGGAUUUUAUCAUGUUUGUGGCGGAAAUGCUCUUUCGCUUUUUCGACCUGAAGAGAUAGAGCUACUUAUCAGAGGAAGCGAUGAACCAUUAGAAAUUGACGAUUUAAAAGGACAAACAGAGUAUAUUGGAUUCGAUGAAAAUGAAGAAACAAUAGUUAACUUUUGGAGCAUCAUGAAGGCAAUGGAGCCAAAGAUGCAACGUAAAUUACUCAUGUUUGUAACUGGAAGUGAUCGUAUACCAGCAACAGGUGCAACUCAGAUGCACCUCAAGAUCACCUGUGGUAACAAUGGAGAUAGCGACAGAUUACCUUCUGCGCAUACAUGUUUUAAUCAACUGGUAUUAUAUAAAUAUCAUACAAAAGAGAAGCUAAAGAGAAUGUUAUAUACGGCCAUACUAGAAAGUCAAGGGUUUUAUGUAAAAUAAGUAAAGAAGAAAAGAAAGAGAAUUAUCUUGGGAUUAUCUGGC